CACACACACACACACACACACACACUAUAUUUAGACUUAAUACACUAUGAGUUCAUUGCUUCCACUCUACACACACCUCUCUGGUGUGAUUAAACACUUGGAAAAUAUUCGGUGUCCUCAGGUGAUCAUGGAGAAGGUCAGCUGGAUUUACAGAAUGCGUGGGAGGAGGCGAGCUCUGGACAUCAUAACUCUGCUCAUUAUAAACACUAUGUGUUUGGUCCUGAUCCUGAAAAUCUUCGCUCCAGAACACUGUGAGAAAAUCACAUCUCCAAAGUCAGUACGUGAAGCUCAGCCUCCUGAGAGCACCUCAUGUGAACAAAACAUGUCGGCCACCAAAAUCGAGGGAUUUUUUGACUUCCCCUUGAUCAUCCAAGACUUCCUGUAUUACCGCCACUGCCGUCAGUUUCCGAUGCUGCUCAAUCUUCCAAACAAGUGCAACAUUCCCAAGGGGUCAGGAGAAACAUUCUUCCUGCUAGCCAUCAAAAGUUCCCCGAAGAACUACGAGCGGCGGGCGGUCCUGCGCAAGACGUGGGCAGCGGAGAGAUGGCAGAACGGGAUGCGAAUCCGCACUGUAUUCCUGACCGGCACCACCGGGGUCGGCUUCGAGAAGAAGAGGAUAAACAAACUUCUGAAGCUGGAGAACAACAAGUACAAGGACAUCUUGCAGUGGGACUUUACAGAAUCCUUCUACAACCUCACGCUCAAGCAGAUUCUCUUCCUUGACUGGAUGCAGAACUGGUGUCCCACUGCAGAUUUCUUCCUCAACGGUGACGAUGAUGUUUUUGCCAACACAGAAAACAUGGUGGAUUUCCUGAAGGGUAAGGGCGAUAUUGAUGGGAGCAGACACCUUUACAUCGGACACCUGCUCCUGGACAGUGAACCCAUCCGGGACAACAGCAGUAAAUAUUUCAUCCCGGAAGUGAUCGAGGCAUCCAACCUGUACGAUCCUUACUGCAGUGGAGGAGGAUACCUCUUCUCCCGCUUCACUGGCAGGGCCAUUUACCAGAUGUCCCAGUCCAUCCCCCUGAUGCCCAUCGACGACGUUUACAUGGGCAUGUGUCUUAAACAAGCCGGACUCACUCCCUCAGACCACCAGGGAGUCUGGGCUGACGGCCUCAUUAUUCCCUCUGAUAAAAUGGACAUUUAUGACCCCUGCCAUUACAAAGAUAUAAUCCUUGGCCACAAGUUCCUCCCACAUCAGAUUUUCCUUCUGUGGAAUGAAAUACAUCGGAAAGAUUUGAAUUGUGCAAAGAAAGAGUUGAGUCACUAACAACUCUCUGAGCACAAAAUACUGGAGUUUAUUCAUUGUGGAGACUUUCUGAGAGAGACUUUACUCUGAGAGACACUGGUUCCUCAGGUUUGAGCAGAACUGUGAUAAUACAAAGAUAUGGAAUAUUUAUGAAAUAUUUAUACUGUAAUAAGUGUGAGGAAUGUCACAUGUUCUGUCCUCCUUUUGUUUCCUCUCUCUGUGUUGUG